UGCUCCGAUGCCCGUCUGGUCAGUUUCGUUCCAGGAAUUGAGCUGCAGAGACUGACGGAGAAACCGACCAACGCGAAAUAUGGGGCAGCUGGCGCCUCCAACUCUUCUCUUGCUUCUGGUGGGGCUUCUGGGAGAGUCGCGAGGAGGCUUUCCGAACACCAUCAGUAUAGGAGGACUUUUCAUGAGAAACACAGUCCAGGAGCACAGUGCGUUCCGAUUUGCUGUACAGUUAUACAACACAAACCAAAAUUUCACCGAGAAACCUUUCCACUUGAACUAUCACGUUGACCAUCUGGAUUCCUCCAACAGUUUUUCAGUAACAAAUGCAUUCUGUUCACAGUUUUCCAGGGGAGUCUAUGCCAUCUUUGGAUUCUACGACCAGAUGUCGAUGAACACGCUGACGUCCUUUUGUGGGGCGCUGCACACAUCUUUCAUCACGCCCAGCUUCCCAACUGAUGCUGAUGUGCAGUUUGUCAUUCAGAUGCGGCCAGCUCUGAAAGGAGCCAUCUUGAGCCUUCUGACUUAUUACAACUGGGAAAAGUUUGUAUAUCUGUAUGACACAGAAAGAGGGUUUUCCAUUCUUCAGGCAAUUAUGGAAGCUGCCGUGCAAAAUAAUUGGCAAGUGACAGCCCGUUCUGUGGGAAGCAUAAAGGACGUUCAGGAGUUUAAGGCAAUCAUUGAGGAAAUGGACAAGCGGCAGGAGAAGAGAUACUUGAUAGAUUGCGAAGUGGAAAGAAUAAACACCAUUUUGGAACAGGUUUCAAUCCUUAGUAAAAAUUCCAGAAGUUAUCACUACAUGCUGGCUAACCUGGGUUUUACAGACAUUUCUGUGGAAAGAGUGGUGCAAGGAGGUGCCAACGUAACUGGAUUUCAGAUUAUUAAUAACGAAAACCCGAUGGUCCAGCAGUUUAUGCAGCGCUGGGUGAGACUAGAUGAAAGGGAAUUCCCGGAAGCCAAAAAUUCUCCAUUGAAGUAUACAUCUGCACUGACCCACGAUGCCAUACUGGUCAUCGCAGAAGCUUUUCGGUACCUUCGAAGGCAGCGUGUCGAUGUCUCACGGAGAGGUAGUGCCGGAGAUUGCUUAGCCAACCCAGCUGUGCCUUGGAGCCAAGGAAUUGAUAUAGAGAGAGCACUGAAAAUGGUCCAAGUGCAAGGAAUGACGGGAAAUAUCCAAUUUGACACCUACGGACGUAGAACUAAUUAUACCAUCGAUGUGUAUGAAAUGAGACCUGGUGGGCCACGGAAGGCUGGUUACUGGAAUGAAUAUGAAAGAUUUGUGCCUGCAGUUGACCCCACAGUCUCCAAUGAUACUUCCUCUGUUGAGAACAGGACUAUCGUGGUCACCACCAUUCUCGAGGCCCCCUACGUGAUGCGCAAGCAGUCUCCUGACCAAAAAGAAGGGAACGAGAAAUACGAAGGCUAUUGCGUUGAUCUCGCUUAUGAAAUUGCAAAACAUGUUGGGAUAAAAUAUGUCUUGUCCAUUGUUCCUGAUGGGAAAUACGGAGCGAGGGAUCCUGACAGUAAGAUGUGGAAUGGCAUGGUGGGUGAACUGGUCUAUGGGAGAGCAGACAUAGCUGUUGCCCCCCUGACAAUCACCUUGGUCCGAGAAGAAGUCAUAGACUUUUCCAAGCCCUUCAUGAGUCUCGGUAUCUCCAUCAUGAUCAAGAAGCCUCAGAAAUCUAAACCGGGUGUCUUCUCUUUUUUGGAUCCUUUGGCCUAUGAGAUUUGGAUGUGUAUAGUCUUUGCUUACAUUGGAGUGAGCGUGGUUCUGUUCCUAGUCAGCCGAUUCAGUCCGUACGAGUGGCAUUUGGAAGACAACCAGGAAGAGCCGCGAGACCCACAGAACCCUCCUGACCCUCCAAAUGAGUUUGGGAUAUUUAACAGCCUUUGGUUUUCCCUGGGUGCCUUUAUGCAGCAAGGAUGCGAUAUUUCUCCAAGAUCUCUCUCAGGGAGAAUUGUCGGAGGCGUCUGGUGGUUCUUCACCCUCAUCAUUAUCUCUUCCUACACUGCCAACCUCGCUGCCUUCCUCACGGUGGAAAGGAUGGUGUCUCCCAUAGAAAGUGCUGAAGACCUGGCUAAGCAGACCGAAAUUGCCUAUGGAACUUUGGAUUCAGGCUCAACCAAGGAAUUUUUUAGAAGAUCCAAAAUAGCUGUCUAUGAGAAAAUGUGGUCGUACAUGAAGUCGGCGGAACCAUCUGUGUUUGCCAAAACGACGGCGGACGGGGUGGCCCGCGUGAGGAAAUCAAAGGGGAAGUUUGCCUUCCUGCUUGAAUCGACCAUGAAUGAGUACAUUGAACAACGAAAGCCCUGUGACACAAUGAAAGUUGGUGGGAACCUGGAUUCCAAAGGCUAUGGUGUAGCAACUCCCAAAGGCUCAGCAUUAAGAACUCCUGUAAACCUUGCAGUAUUGAAACUCAGUGAACAAGGCAUCUUAGACAAGCUGAAAAACAAAUGGUGGUACGAUAAGGGUGAAUGUGGAGCCAAGGACUCUGGAAGUAAGGACAAGACAAGCGCUUUGAGUCUGAGCAAUGUUGCUGGGGUUUUCUAUAUCCUUGUCGGAGGCCUGGGCCUUGCCAUGACGGUGGCAUUGAUAGAGUUCUGUUACAAGUCUCGGGCCGAGACCAAACGAAUGAAACUCACAAAGAACACACAAAACUUUAAGCCUGCUCCUGCACCCAAUACGCAGAAUUAUGCUACGUACAGAGAAGGCUACAACGUGUAUGGAACAGAAAGUGUUAAGAUCUAGUGGUACGCCUAAAGGUCCAAUCCUGCGCUUACAAUGGCAUGCAAAGGGAGGAGCAAACCGAGAUCGUGGAGACUUCAGAGAACCUGAACACCUGAGCCAAUUUUACUCCCUCCCUAGGUGUCGGGCCUGACACAUUAUAUUGACGAUGGUGCAAUGAACUUUUCAUAGGAAUUUUUUUUUCCUUCAGUGCCUUAUGGGAGAUUCUUAAGACUCAAAAACAAUGCAAACCAUCAAAAAAAAAAUCUCACUUUGCUUGAAAAUCAAACGAAGAUGACAAGACAAUGGACUGAUGACAAGUCAAUAUUCUAAGACGUGGAGAGAGAGAGAGAGAGAGAGAGAGAACAAAAAAAUAUUCUUGUAAAAAUAAUUUUAACAAAAGUUUAACAGAAGCCAUUCUUUGAUACCACUGCACAGUAUAUGGACAUAAUUCUUUUGAAAAGAAACAAAAUGUUUUCAAGUGCCCCCCCCCUUAUUAAAGUAUUAAGCCGUUCUUAAUCUUAUGCCUCAGAAAACCACUACUUACUUUCCUAGAGCAACCUGUUACCUAACUCUGUGAUUUAAUAUCACCCUUUUUUCUUUGUUUCCUUCCUUCCUGGUGGUAAGGAUUGUCUUUUAAUUCUAGAUUCUGCCUCACACUUUUAAGAAAAUGCAUAUAUCAGCUCCAACAAGUGAAUGUAACAUACAAAAAAAGAAGAGAGGGCAGAGAGAUUUUUUUUUAAAAAAAUCAUUGCAGAGGAUUGUCCAUCAAUCUAUCAGGGAAGGACAUAGCGUAUUUUACAAAGGGAAGCCUUCAACAAGAAAAACAGAGGGCAGGCCAGUAUUUACACCUGUUUUCUCUAUCAUCUAUAAGUGCUUUCUUUAAAAAAUAAUAAUAAUAGGAAUAAUAACAAUUAAUAGCACCUGAGAGCUUUCAGAGGAUACUGUUCACAAUCUUUGUUUCCUGCUGGAUGUCUCUGGUUGUGUGCUUGCAUUUUAUUUUAUUUUUAAAAAAUUGCAUUUAAUAUCAAAAGCGACAGAACUGAAGAAUAUAUUUGUCCCCUUUUCAGAAUCCCUGACUUUUUUUUUUUGCCUCUUCUUUUCUUCUUUUCUGUAAUUUAAAAAAAAACAAAAAUCUAGCACUGUGCUCAGACGGCUUUGUGGCUCACCCUCGCUUUGUAAACAGGAUGGUACCUCAAAUGAGACCAGUUGGUCCAGCUCAAAAUGAAACGCUGUAGCAUUACUGUUGCUGGUAGUUAUUAUAUUCCUAGCUGUUGUCAGUCGUCAUUUCAUGGCUACUUAUCAAAAAGAAAAAGAAAAAGGUGUUUAGGUUCAUCCUUAGGUCCAUAAAGAAUAUAAGGCAUUCCAGAAUACACCACACAAGCUAUAGACUGUGCAUUACUGCCUUACAGCUUUUCAGAUGUAGGAUGUGUUCCAAAUAUGGACCUAUCAGAAAUCU